AGAGUGGUGUAGCGUGAACGUUAAUUGCAAUAUGAUUGAAAGCAAAUUAGUGUUCGUGUAGUUGAUUGUGACUGAGAUAGGGGAAUCAUAGUUUCAGUUCCAUUAAAAAAAUAAGUUUUAAAUUGAAAUUUCUAUUAUUGUUCUACUAAAGUGACCCGUUGAGUUUCUGUGUGCAGAUUAAUAAUGUUAAUAUUUCACUUGACAUUAGUAGCAAUGGGCACCAUAACGCACCAGGACAACGUGAACCGAAGGAUCCGUACCCAGGAGUACGCGAUGAAGCACAUGAACAGAACCGAUGCUAUCCAGGACGAUGCCUUCAGCUACCGCAGUGACGUCAUCCAGACCUCACUUUACUGCGCCUGCAAGGACUGCCUCAAAUUCUGCUGCUACUCCAAGCCCAUCAAGUGCAUUGAUCCUUACCUCAUCGACAUGAGGUUCACUUACUGGAUAUAUCAGGGACUGGUAAAAGCCAGCAAGACGCAGACUGCAGUCUCAGGGCCGAGUGCCAAUGAGGACGAGCCAAAGGCAAAACGCCGUAAGAUUUAAAGAAUUUUCUAACUUUUUUGGUGUCACAGGCAAGAUGAUGUAUUGUGGUUCUUGUCUUUUUCUAUACUCGUAUUUACACUACUUUUAAUAAGAACUAGUAACGUAAGGGUCGCGUUUAUGUACUCAGUUUUUAAGUACUGAAUGGGAUUAUGUAUAGUUUUUACUAAUGGGGCUGAUAUUAUUUUCAUAAGAACCUACUGAAAUAUAUAAUAUAUCUCACUGCAGGUAUAAUAAGCUACGUGUUUUAUAAUAAACUAUCUUGAAAGGAACCUUUUAAAAAGAAGAACUCAUGGUAAAAAAUUGACAAAACCGAAUUAAGAUUUGCUCCUCUAAUAUGAUAUAUGUAGUGUCAGUAAAACGAUUGAUUUCAAUAAAAGUAAUGUCCAUGCGGCAUUUAUUGGGUAUUUAAAAAAUAUUUUGGGUGUAUUUUGACAAUCAGGGGAUUUCUGAGCAUAACGCAAUUAGGAUUAAGAUUUUUACCGAAUUUUAUAUACUUAUACUCAUUUAAGAUUUAAGUAAUUUUUGCCAUUAGUGUAGGCAAUAUUUGUACUUGAGGAAAAGCAAUUUGUGGUUUUAAUAACGAGAAUGCUGUGAAUAAGUUUUACUGUAUUUUUAAUGGUGAUUCACUUUUUUAAGGUAUUUCACAAUUAUGUUAUUUAGUGUUUAUUACGUAAGUGUUUUAAAAAUAUUCAGUGGACUGUAUUCAAUGCACAGUGAUUUGUUUACGGGUAUAUUAAUUUUAAGAAAACGAAGUGUUUGUGUUGUUAUUGUUUGUUCAAUAACAUUUUUUACCUACUGAUUAUUUGAGUAAGAUAAAUGUUCGGAUAAGGAAAACUUUGCAUGUUACUGUGAACACUUUUUAUUCUCAUAAUUGUACGACAAUGAUGUAAUUUUUAUAUCAAUCAAUAAAGGAUUUUGAAUUCUA